AACGUUGUGAAUAUUCUAUAAUCUGGUUAUUCUGUUAAUCCAUGUUUGCAGAACUUUUUAAUGUAGUACAGGUUUGUGGGAAUUCUUUCAAUCUCCCAGUUUUCAUUCAUCCACAGCAGCAUAAAACUUCCCAUAAGAUCUUAAACACGAGAGCAUCGUGUCGAAGCGGCCCUUCCUCGAAUUGCUUCACGUCCACGUGUCCGGCCAGCAGUCAGCAGUAAUUAGCUGUACUAGGUGUUAGACACCUAACAGGUUGUGUUGUUUUCAUCGGGGGGUUAAAUGCCACCUCUCCCCCGCGGAGCCCCGUUGCCCGCCGCUGCUGUACAGCCUGUGGUCGGGACAACACCUCGGAGCCAAACAAUUACAUCAAGGUCAUGGAGAGGAGGAAUGUUCUGCCGAUUAGCGCAGGAGUCCAGCAGCAACCCGCAGAGACAACCUUCCGCAGGUAUGACAGGAGACCGAUGCGCGGAGGCUAAAAGUUGCUUGUGAAUUCAGUUGCGCCGGAGUCAUUAAACGCGCCACAGUCGUGGACAUUUAAACUGACUCAUGAGGAGAAAUUUGAAAAGUUGUGCAACAUCCUUCACAAUGAUUUAUCACACUGAAUAGCCACACUGCAUCCAGACAGGUGAAUAACACGGGCCUAUCGUGGAGGAUUAAGUCGCUGCCGAAUUUGGCACAAGGUGGAAAUCUGUUUGGAACAUUUCUCUGGAGUGAUCGUGUUGUUAGAUUUUUGUGUUUGCCACUUAAAUUGUUGAGGGCCUCGAAUAACCUUUCGGGGCGGUUAAAAGUAUCAGUGAGCUGUCGUGUUUUCCACUUUCCCCUUAAUCGAAAACCGGCCAUUUUCCUUGUGUAGGGUCGGCCACACCGCCGGAGUGGAGUUGCUCCUCUAUCCAACUUGAAAUUUGUGUCGGAGGAGAUUGUUACUUCUGUGUUUUCCUAAUACGCCACAUAAUCAUCAGAAUGAUUACCCAGAAAUAAUUCUGAAUGGUCCAGAUUGUUAAAAUGCUAUUUUUACUUAAAAUUCUUAAGUUUAAGCAUAAGAGAAACCUUGUUGAUUGUGCUGUCAGUUUUAGCAGGGUCAAUAAUUUACAGAAAAAAAAAGAAAAAAAAAAGAUUUUAUCGGACAAGACAAAUAUAACCAAACCUGUUUUCUCCGGGAGCCUCCUGGGUAUCGUUUUUCCACGAGUCACUUGUUGACACUAAACUUGCGGCACUUGUGUAGUGUUUAUUGCAAACGAAUCACCUCUCUCUCUCUCUCUCUCUCUCUCUCUCUCUCUCUCUCUCUCUCUCUCUCUCUCUCUUUUACAAACAGUGGCGAUGAUACACAGACACACUAAGUUUUUUUAAAUAAAUAUAUAUAUAUAUAUACUGUAUGUCUACAAUCCAUUCUGGACACACAAAGCCCACACAUUUUGCCCCCAACAAUUAAUUGAUCAUAUUUAAUACACCGUAUGUUGGCAAAACUACAUAAUAUGUUUUAUUCUAGUUCUCUGUGAAGGUUUUAGUUUUUAAAAAGACGAUUAAAACUCAUCGUAGCUGAUAUAAAUUUCCACGCGUAAUUACGCACCGUUAUUGAUAUGCUUAGAAAUCACUAACAAGCCUUAAUAAAAACUUACAAAUAACACGAAGCUCAUCAUCGCAGUCAAAGGCGGUAUCGGUGCUCAUUGAUAGGGAGAUUGGGUGAGUACUUGGGUGUAGCGAGACAGAAGGGAGGGGUGUGACCGUCCCAAAAGUUUUCUUCAAUGGGCUACCUGUAGAGGCUCCGGGCGCUGCGCAUAAAUACUCCUCCUUCUGGGAAUAGGCUCAGUCCUGAGGGAGAGACGCAGAGAGACGAAAUUAGGUUUGGGGAAUCUGGUUAGUGUGGAUUAUGAACGCUUUUGGACACCAACCAUCUAACCAGCAGACUAGCCCUAUUCAGCACCCCAGCGCGCAGGAGCUCCUGGACAUGGCCGUGUACUGCGACAACUACGGUGUUUACCAACAGAAUCUCCACCACCACCACACUCAGAGGCCGCCGACUCACUCCAGCUACGGCCUCGGGGAAUACACCUCCCCGUCUGCCAACCCGUACCUGUGGCUGAACGGGCCGAGCAUCAACUCCUCUCCGUAUCUGCCCGGGAACAACAGCGCGUCCUACAUUCAGUCUGGAUACGGGUCGAACCAGAGGCAGUUCUUGCCGCCUCCCAGCGGCUUCGGCGGUGCGGACCUGGGGUGGCUUUCCAUCUCCAGCCAGCAGGAACUCUUCAAGAUGGUCAGGCCGCCUUACUCGUACUCGGCACUGAUAGCCAUGGCCAUACAGAACGCCCAAGACAAAAAGUUGACUCUGAGUCAGAUCUACCAGUACGUGGCUGACAACUUUCCUUUCUACAAGAAGAGCAAGGCUGGGUGGCAGAACUCGAUUCGCCACAACUUGUCACUGAACGACUGUUUCAAGAAAGUGGCACGGGAUGAGGAUGACCCCGGUAAAGGGAACUACUGGACGCUGGACCCCAACUGUGAGAAGAUGUUCGACAACGGCAACUUCAGGCGGAAGAGGAAGAGGAGAGCGGACCUGAGCGGAGCCGACAGCAGCGCUCUCCCCGUCAAGUCGGAGGACGGCCCGCACAAGCUCUCGGACACCGCCAGCCUCCUGAGCUCCUCGCCGCCCAGCCUGCACGGAUCCCCGGCGUCGACGGAGCCCAAGUCGUCGCCGUCUCCCUCCGCGGAACACAGCCCCUGUUUCGGCAGCUUCGUGUCCAGCGUGAACUCGCUGCUGGUGGGCGCCGGUGGCGGCGGAGGCGCUGGCGCCGGCGACGGCUCCCGGGUCGGCGGGGAGAGGGACUACGGCUCCGGGCAUCUCGGGGUGUUGUCUCAGACCAGAGAGGGCAUGUCCGGACUGGGCUCCUACUCGCCCACUUUAAUCUCCCCUCUGAACUCUGACAACAACAGAAUGAACUAUUACUCAUCGGUACAGAGCCUCUCCAACCAUUUUAGUGUUAACAACCUCAUAUACAGCCGGGAAGGAACAGAGGUGUAGACUGUCUGUUUAGUGCUGCAGUAAUGUACCCCCCCAUCCACAUUUCUUAUGUCUGUUGCAUUUCUGGUUUGGGCCUCACUGUGCCACUGGAACUAAACUGGUCUUUAUCACAAUUACCCCUCCAAAGUGAGGAAAAACUGUCAGUUUAUUACAGAGACGCAUGCAUUGCCUCUUCUCUGUUCCACUAGUGCAGAAGAGAUGCUUUAUGUUUAGACUCAAGUCUUACAACCCUCUAACUUUGGAUCUGAUGGGUGCAUAUUUCACUUGCUUUUUUUUUUUUACUAGCAGCUGCUCCUUUGGGCUAAUUCUUUGUCUUAAGAAAGAAGACGUGUAUGUACAGAAAUUAUUUUCAUAAGAAGAACCGUGACAUGUAUGUUUGACUGAAUUGUUUUAUGUUUUAUUUAAACUCACGCCGACGUUUGAAUAAAAGUCAUUUAUUUUAACUCCACGCUCA